ACAGCAGCUGUGAGCUGCUGGUGUUGCCCUUCCCAAGUGACCUGGCAUAAAGGAGGGAGGGAGGUGUAAAGAGUUUAAGGAGCCCAAUUUAUGUGUCACAUGAUAUCUCCUGAGGCUGCCACUUGGCCCCUAAUGUGCCCACCUGCAGAUGUCACAGUGUGAGUCCCCGUUCCAUGCUCAGGGAACAGGGUCUGGUGGCUAUAGAUGCAUCCUUUGCCCCUUCACCCUCAGCAAAACGGGUACAAGAGGGAAGGGAGAGAUUCCAAGAGCCAUGGUUAGAGGCUUGCUGCGGCAGGAGCUGGCUGGAUGGCAAGGACCUCGCGUCCUGCAGAUUCAGAGUGCUACACACACACCCCCAGUUUCAUCCUCAGCACCUGCAUUUGAAAAGCUGAGAGCAAAGCAGAAAGGUGACAUUGUCACUAAGGGCCACACGGCCCAUCCCAAGCAGCCCCCAUCCUGUUGGCACCCACCGGGCUGGGCCUCUCACUGUGCUUGGCAGGGCUAAGCACAGUACCUGGCUGCCUGUGAGAAGUGCCAAGACUUAUGCUAGCCAAGCCCUUGGAUGUCAUCCUUGCAUACCCCUGCUGGGUGUGGCAAAGCCAAAAGGAUCCAAGCCAAGUGGUCUCAAAUUCUCAGUAUUUCUGGGUAUCUGUGUUGUCUGGUAGUGCCUUACAUGCCCAGUCCAGUGCCAUAUGCCAGUGCUCACCCAGCCCCUGCUGUCUUCCAGGUGGUGGUGCCCACCCGUGUGGGACAGGUCUACAUCUACGACUCCCCCAAGGGUGAGCAGGAUGAGUACGACAUUCCCCGGCAUCUGCUCUCAUCUGGCUCCCAGGAGAUCUAUGAUGUGCCCCCCAUCCGUGGAGGCCUCAUCAGCCAGUACAGCCAAGAGGUGUAUGACACACCUCCCAUGGCGGUGAAGGGUCCCAACAGCAGAGAGCCAAGCCUGGAGAUCUACGACAUCCCACCCAGUGUGGAGAAGAGCCUGCCGUUCCAAACACACCAAACUGUGUAUGACAUUCCUCCAUCUGUAAGCAAAGAUGUCCCAGAUGGCCCCAUCAGAGAGGAGACCUACGAUGUUCCCCCUGCUUUUGCCAAGCAGAAGGGCUUCGACCCAACCCGGCACCCCCUGAUCCUGGCUCACGCAUCAUCAGCCUCACAGGAGCACUAUCUGCCCGAGGACAUCUAUGAUGUGCCCCCUCCAGCUGGGAAAGGGGCCCCUGAGGUGUCCCUCUCACAGGAAAUCUAUGAUGUUCCGCCUAGCCUGAAGAAGCUGGGGGGACCUGUGUUCCCAGUGCAGGAUGUGUACGACGUACCCCGGGAGCUGCACACUGGGAGUAAGGCCUCCAUGGAUGCUGAGGGCGAGUAUAUCUAUGAUGUCCCUCCCCAGGUGGACCGAGAGACCAAGGUAGGUGAUGCCAAGAGGCUCUCAGCCUCCAGCACAGGCAGCACUAGAAGCAACAUCUCCACAUCCUCUCUCGACGUGAUUCCAGUGAAGGAGUCAGCUGCUGUGCCCAAAGGCCCCAGCAAGGAGCUCAGCUUGGACUUGGAUGUUGCCAUGGAGAUGCUGGCCAAGCUGCAGCACGGCAUCAGUACCGCUGUCUCCCACCUCAUGUCUUUUAUCAGUGGCAGCUGGAGAAGCCCUGAGCAGAUGGAGGCCAAUGCACAGAGCAUACAGGCGGCAGUGGAGAGCGUCAAAGUGGCACUCAGAGACUUGCUGGAGUUCGCACGUGGGGCUGUGGGCAAUGCAGCCCAGGCCUCUGACCGCUCCCUCUACACCAAGCUUAGCAAACAGUUGCAGAAGAUGGAGGAUGUCAACCAGGCACUAGUGCGGCACAGCCAGGCACUGGACAGUUGUGGCUGGGCCCUGAGCACCCUAGUGGCCAGCAAGCCAGGUUGCACUGAUGACCUGGACCGCUUUAUCAUGUACUCACGUGGCAUCCCUGAUGACACCAAGCAGCUGGCCUCCUUCCUGCAUGGCAAUGCCUCCCUGCUCUUCAAACGGACAAAACAGCCAGCCACACUGGUGGAUGGCAACAGCCACCUGCCCACUUACCAGACAGGGCCCUCUGACAAGGCUAGCAGCAUCCAGUCACGGCCCCUGCCCUCCCCACCCAAAUUCCUAGCACAGGAGUCACCAGACGGACCAUAUGAGAACAGCGAGAGUGGCUGGAUGGAGGAUUAUGACUAUGUCCAUCUACAGGGCAAGGAGGAGUUUGAGAAAACCCAGAAGGAACUGCUAGAAAAGGGCAACAUCAUGUGGCAGGGCAAGGGGCAGCUGGAGCAGCAGCAGCUGAAGCAGUUUGAGCGACUGGAGCAGGAAGUCACGCGCCCCAUUGACAAUGACCUCUCCAACUGGACCCCACCACAGCAUUAUGCCCAGGUGCGGGGUGGCAGUGCCCUCUGCCCCUCUGACCAGCAGCUGGUUCUCUUCUACUUGGAGCAAUGUGAGGUCAGCAUUACCACUCUGACCAAUGCUGUUGACGCUUUCUUCACUGCUGUCAGCACCAAUCAACCACCUAAGAUCUUUGUGGCCCACAGCAAAUUUGUCAUUCUCAGUGCCCACAAGCUAGUGUUCAUUGGAGACACCUUGUCACGUCAGGCCAAAGCCCAGGACAUCCGCCAAAAGAUCACUCAUUAUAGCAACCUGCUAUGUGACAUGCUCAAGGAGAUUGUGGUGACUACCAAGACUGCAGCACUCCAGUACCCAUCUCCAUCUGCAGCCAAGGACAUGGUGGACCGGGUCAAAGACCUAGCCAAUAGCACGCAGCAAUUCAGGAUGGUGUUGGGGCAGCUUGCAGCUAUGUGACAUCCUUAAAGUUACACAUGCUUAUUAAGAACUAGGGUGAGUGUCUGCUAAAGACUCCCUCCACGGAGGCAGCAGUGGUCAGCCACAGAUGCAUGUAAAUGGACUUGUAAAUAUUUAAAAAGGCUCCAAGAAGAGGAGCACCGGGAAGGGCAGAAACACCAUACAGGAGUGCUAGGCUGGAUUUUGUUUUCCUUCUUCCCAAUUUCUUGACAAAAAACAGAUCAUUUCUAGACUGUGCCAGCAAUUAAAUGAGGAUGUUUUACUGUCAAACACUACAGCCAGGAUGAAACCAGGGCCUCAGGAAGGGGAGGGGCCAUCCUGCAAUGAAGAGAAAGAAGCAAAUCAUUAUUUUUCGUAAUUGAUUCUGACAUUCAGCUGAUGGGCUAUAUUAAAAAAAAUAAAUAGAAAUUGAAUCAGAGCAAAGCAAUUAAGGUGAACUACAGAGUGAUUGAAAGGAAGUCUGUUAGUGUCGCCUCACAAUUAGAGGCUAUUCUGUGAUUUCCCUUGACUUUGGAGCCUGAUCUAAUUAAUGAGUUCUUGCUCUCUCUGCUAAUUGAACACAUUUUAAUUGUGCAGGAUGAAUCAAUUCAACAGUAUCUCGGUGGAGAUGAAAAGGAAACUGAAAACUCCAAUGGGGGAAAGGUAUACACAUACACAUGCACACACAUACCUAUAUAUGUAUGCAUGUAUGUAUGUGUGUGUCUGUGCAUGUGUAUGCAUGUGUGUGUGUGCACGCAUCCACGCGUGUGUGUGUGUGUGUGUGUAUGUAUGUAUUAGAAAAGUACGGUUAAACUGUCAGAAGGGGUGUCCAUACUCAUCCAUUGCCUCAUCCAGUGCCACUAUCUGUCAGACUGGCAGCAUUGGGGUAACAGUGGGCCAGGUGCAGAGGUUUGCCUACCCAUUGCAUUUCACAUUUUGGUUUUGCUAAUAAUACCAGCUGUAGCAGAAAUGCAAAUUGAAAUUGGUGCCUUGAAAAAUUGUGGAGCUUCUGCUGGUUCCCAGAGCUACAGAGUCACAGUCUGUAUUUAUAUUCAUUUCCAUGUACUGUGCUGACGUAAGAGCAUAAAAAUUUGCCUAGAACUCUU